AUGACUGGUAAUCCACCUCGGCCCCAGGGCCGGCCUAGAGCGACCCUAGGCGAUACCGGUCAGAUCUCGCGAUCUAACCAAACGCUGAACACCUUUCUCGGCGGCAACCUUCCUUCGUGGAUGCAAAACAGCAACGCGGCAGCGUCCCUGAACAACAAUGCGGCUGCCGUGCCCCCGACACACAUAUUAUGUCCUCUAUCGGGCAAGGGAAUCAUGGUACGCAAGACCGCCUUAGCCUUGCGCUACAGCCAAGCGUUGCCUCGGCAUCUGUGCCCGCGGCUGCUCCUCCACGCCGACGGCCGUACCACAUUCUCCAAGGCUUGGUGUCGUCCCGGCACAUGCCGCACCCUCUUUCCACGGACUGCUGUGCCGCAUCCCGCGGCUCAGAACAACGGCUUACAGAACCCCAAUCGCUGGAUAACAACUCUCGCUCCCAAAUGCCAAGAGCUCGACUUCGUGAUGCAAAGCGGAGGUGGCUUAGGGGCUCUAGACCCCUCGUUCGAGUUACCAAGGUACACACUUUUGCGACAGAUGCUGCUGCAAGGCGACGUUUUCUCCCUCCUCGUCCAGCAACUCACUUGCCUCGAGGCGUUCAACGUCGCUAGGGCGGCUGAUUUUCUGCGUCUCCCGGCACCCAUAGUGAGGCAUGCAUUGGCAAAGCGAUUUUCCAUUCAAGCUGGACUCUCCCCCGUCGUGGAAGGCAUCGAAAACUACCGUGCGGCAGUUUCUACAUUCUUUCUCCGACUCUCGAAAAAUUGGGACCGUCUACGGGCGGAUGUAGUGCGCCGCGGUACGCCGCUACGUGUCCAGGAACUCGUCGAGGGCCUCGGCAUCCGAACUAACCUCUUCUUGACCCUCUUCUUCACGCUCACCAGGAGGUUGGUUGGGAUCGGCGAUGGGCCAGAGUUGUCAUCCAUUUGCGAACAGGUGACGGCCACCUUUAUUCGCGAGAAGAGUCUGUAUUUUAACCAGAACCUCGCAGUCGCUGAUAAACAGUCUGCCUUGAACGAGAUCGCAAAGAAUUAUGAGUCCUUGGCGGUUAUGGCAAGACGGAAUGCGGCAACCCACCUACAGGAGAAUAAUACUUCUCAUGUCCUCCCAAUCACGAAUCCAUCGCAGCAAACGAACCAAGCACGACCAGGCUAUGCCCAGACAGCUAUAUCUCUCGCCCAAGGGGAAGCGCAUCGCCCUCUAUCCAGGCACCUCAAGAAGUUCGCUAUCCGCAUCCCCCGCGGCACUCCCAACCGAAUUAGCGAGCCCCCAUGCGAUGCAUCCUGGGCCUGGCUUUCAGCAAGUAGCCCCGCCGCCCUACGCCCAUCCCGUGUCAUUACACGGGGUGCAAUCCCCUCCCCAGGCUCCCCAGGGCAUGUGCUGAUGGACACGCCCUACAACCGACCCCCGUCGCGGAUGGUGCCCCCACAGCCAAUUCCCGCGCACAUCCAUGCCUCGCCGCAAGCGCAAAUCUGCGAGGUACCUGAGGAUUCGGCGAAGGUACCAACGGCUGAGGAUUGGACUUUUCGAAAGACAACCUGGCCUUCGUCGUUGUCAAUCACUGUCAAUGGGCAUGGGCAGCCCCAAGUGCCUCGCGAGCAGAAUUUCCAAAGGGCACGGCCAUGCGAAAUCACGCAGUUUGUCAAGAUUGGACUUAAUGAGAUAUCAGUGGUACUCAUGCCGUCUUCUGAGCGCUCCAAGAAGGCUUACUUUGCGGGAGUGGAUCGAGUCGAAACAACCAGUCACUCAGGCAUUAUGCAGAAGGUACUAGAAGACAGCGUGUUGCCCGAUAAGGUCACUAUCGAUACCAUCAAAGCGCGCUUAUCCAUCAACGCGCUAGAUGACAACGGCAGCCAGGAGGUCUUCGCCGACCAGGAACUCUACAUCAGCCUGGUGGACCCGGUCAGCUUCCAGCGGGUCAAGAUUCCAUGCCGCGGUGCCAACUGCCGCCACCUCGACCCGUUUGAUCUAUCGAACUGGUUGGAGUCGCGGCCCACGAAGAAAACGUGCCUCCAUGCUCUCACGGGCCCUGCACACUGGACAUGCGAAGGGGAUGCGCGACCGCCCAACAUCGUGGUGGACGGGUUUUUAAAGGGCGUACUCGACUCGCUCGCCGAACAGGGGUUGGAGGAUGUCAGAGCAAUCUACGUGGACGUGCACGGGAACUGGCGGGUUAAGGAGGAGGAGCCACCUGUCGGUGAAGAUAGCGACGACGACGGCCCACCACCGAAACGACACGCUUCAGCUAUGAUGAAAAGGAGUGCGGCUACUCGUGCAGUUGGGGACGUUAUUGUUAUUGACGAUGACUGA